UCUCUCUUUCUCUCUUUUUUUCCCUGGCUUUUUUUUUCCCUUGGGGCUUGUUAAAAAAACCACAAAAAAAAACUUAAAAACAUUAAAAAAACCCUUAUUUUUUUAUAAUGUCUUCUCCAGUCGUCAACCCCACACCUGCCGAAGCCGCCGCCGCUGCCACGGAACAGCCUCAGCAGCAGCAACAGCCUCAGCAGCAGCAACAGCAGCAGCCUUUGCCUCAGGAGUCUAUUGUCGCCGCCCCAGCUCCUCCUUCUGCUUCGUUGUAUGUCGGCGAACUUGAUCCCUCGGUUACUGAGGCCAUGUUAUUCGAGAUGUUCAACUUGAUCGGUCCCGUUGCAUCCAUCCGUGUGUGCAGAGAUGCGGUUACUCGUCGUAGUUUGGGAUACGCUUAUGUCAACUUCCACAAUGUGGUUGAUGGCGAGCGUGCUAUGGAGUCUCUCAACUACACCCUUAUUAAGGGUAAGCCCUGCCGUAUCAUGUGGUCUCAGCGUGAUCCUUCUUUGCGCAAGACUGGCAGCGGUAACGUCUUCAUCAAGAACCUUGAUGCCUCCAUCGAUAACAAGGCUCUUCACGAUACCUUCUCUGCUUUCGGAAACAUCCUUUCCUGCAAGAUCGCCAUGGAUGAAAGCGGUAACUCCAAGGGCUACGGUUUCGUCCACUACGAGACUGAAGGUGCCGCCGAUAACGCUAUCAAGCACGUCAACGGCAUGUUGUUGAACGAUAAGAAGGUUUAUGUCGGUCGUCAUGUCCCCAGAAAGGAACGUCAAGCCAAGAUCGAGGAGUUGCGCGCCAAGUUCACCAACGUCUACGUUAAGAAUUUGGAUCUUGAUGUCGAUGAUAAGGAGUUCACCGAAAUGUUUGGCAAGUACGGUCCCAUCACCUCUGCUGUGAUCCAAAAAGACGAAGAAGGUAAAUCCAAGGGCUUCGGUUUCGUCAACUACGAGAACUUUGAAGACGCUCGCAAGGCUGUCGACGAUCUCCACGAGAAGGAACACAAGGGCAAGAUCUUGUAUGUCACCCGCGCUCAGAAGAAGACCGAACGUGAGGAAGAAUUGCGCCGUCAGUACGAACAAGCCAAGCUUGAGAAACUUGCCAAGUACCAAGGUGUCAACCUCUAUGUCAAGAACUUGGAUGAUGAUAUCGAUGAUGAGAAGCUCCGUCAGGAAUUCUCUGUCUACGGUGUGAUCACCAGCGCCAAGAUCAUGAGAGAUGAACGUGGCAAUUCCAAGGGUUUCGGUUUUGUUUGCUUCUCUUCGCCCGACGAAGCUACCAAGGCUGUGACUGAAAUGAACGGUCGUAUGAUCGGCUCCAAGCCCAUCUAUGUCGCUCUUGCUCAGCGCAAGGAAGUCCGUCGCUCUCAGUUGGAGGCCCAGAUGGCCCAACGUAACCAACUCCGCAUGCAACAAGCUUUGUCCAUGCCCGGUGCUCCUGGUUACAUUCCCAACCCUAUGUUCUAUGGUCCCCCUGGUGGUUUCAUUCCUCAGGGUCAGCGUGCCGUCUUCCCUCCCAACGGCAUGAUGCCUCGUCCUCGUUGGGCUCCCCAGCCUCAGCAAGGUCAGCCCAUGCCCGGCUAUCCUCAGCAACAAGGUUUUGUCAACCGUCCUCCUCGCGGCCCUCGUCCCGCUCGUGGUGGUGCUCAACCUCAGCAAGGUCGUCAGCAGCAAGGCCAGCGCAAGCCUCAGCAACAGCAAGCUGCCAAGGAGGAUGAAAACACUUUGACCGCCGCCGCUUUGGCUGCUGCUCCCCCGGAGAUGCAGAAGCAGAUGCUUGGUGAACGUUUGUACCCCUUGAUCAAUGCUCAGCAGCCCGAAUACGCUGGCAAGAUCACCGGUAUGCUUUUGGAGAUGGACAACAGCGAAUUGUUGAACUUGUUGGAAGAUAAGGAAGCUUUGGAUGCCAAGAUCGCUGAAGCUAUGGAUGUUCUCAAGGCUCAUUUGCAAACCUCAAAGGAAGAACAGAAGGACGAGCAGUAAAAUAAUCUUUGUUAUUAUUUUUCACAUAUCAUGGAUUUUUUUACAUCUGUGAUAUUCUAAAGAAUACUCGGUAGUCUUAUUUCUUUUUUUUUUGUGAUCAUUCACCCACUAGGGAAAAUAAAGGGAGAUUUAUAUUUUAA